GGCGGGCCUGGUGCGAGGCGAAGGCGGGAAGCAGGUGUGCGCGAGGUGCCUCAGCGCGGCCCCGGCUCUCCUCAGAGCGCGAGGAGCCGCCACCGCCCCGUCCCGGGCUCCUCUGGUCGCGGGAUAUCACCGCCAUCCGCCCGCCACAAAAGGCCCAGGGCCGUGAGGGUAAUCGUCACCGAGGGCAUCGUGACCCCAAUGGGACGAUGGGCUCGGGGCACGGCCUGGCCUGAGGAGGAGUCGAGGGGUGAAGCAGAAUCCCAACACCCCUUCACCAGUGUGCGUGCUUCAUGGAUUUUAUACCGUGCUCUGAAAUCUGAAGCAGUGCAGAAAGAGAACAGCUGCCCGAAUUGAGCUGAGAAGCAGUGUUUCCUGCAAAUGAUGAAGUACCAAUGUAGCCUGAAGGAAGGCUAAUGGAGGAGGCAGAGGAACAGGUAGCUGUGGAAGAACGGCGACUGUGCAGUGAAGCUGGAAAUGUAGCAAGGAGAGAAAAAUGUAUGGGAGGCUGCAUCUCAAAUAGCGAAGAAAGGUAUUUUCAGGACCUUCAUACUCUGAAAAUGAUAGCAGUUGUUCAUCAUCGCCAUGUGAAAAUGGCGGGAGCUGUAAGGAUUUGGAAGCGGGGUACCAGUGCAUCUGCCCCAUGCACCCCAUAGCCUACAUGGGCAUUAACUGUGAACUCCUCUAUGAUGCAUGCACUAAACAUGAUUGCCCUGCCCAUAUGAUUUGCAACAAAACUCCAGGACUUCCGGAAUAUGAAUGCAUCUGUAUGCCUGGCUUUACAGGUAUUGAUUGUAGCAUUAAUAUUAAUGAGUGUGAGAGCAACCCUUGUAAAGAUCCUCGUUUUGAAUGUGUAGAUAGUGUAAGUGGAUACGCCUGUAAAUGCCAAACAGGACUGAAUGGAGAAGGCUGCCAAAACUCUGUGUGCUCUAGCCACCUCUGCCUAAAUAACGGGACGUGUGUCGAGGGUCCUGGGGACUAUGCCUGCAUCUGCCAACCUGGCUUCACCGGGGCCCACUGUAAAGACAACAUUGACGAGUGCGCUUCCAACCCAUGCCAGAAUGGAGCCAUCUGCCGAGACAGGGUGAAUGAGUAUAGCUGUUUCUGUGUGCCUGGGUUCCAAGGAUACAACUGUGAAAUAGACAUCAACGAGUGUGCAUCCCGGCCCUGUAAAAACAAUGGCACCUGCCUGAAUGAGAUGGAUCACUAUCUGUGCAAGUGCAUCCCCGGCUACACAGGCGUAAACUGUGAAGCUGAAAUAGAUGAAUGUGAUUCAUACCCUUGUCAGAAUGGGGCCUUGUGCAGUGAUCAUAUUGGGUUCUACACCUGCACCUGUAUGCCAGGUUACCAAGGAAUCCAGUGUGAGGUGGACAUCAAUGAAUGUAUAAGCCAGCCAUGCCAGCACAAUGGAACAUGUCAUGAUCUUAUUAACAGUUACCAAUGUGACUGCAGUGACACAGGCUUUGAAGGGGACCACUGUGAGUUGGAUAUCCUGGAGUGUGCCUCUGAGCCCUGUCUGAACAAUGCCACAUGUGUUGAAGGAAUCAAGAACUACAGCUGUGCCUGCUGGACAGGUUACACAGGGCAGCAUUGUGAAGAGGAUGUGAACGAGUGUGCGACAGAUCCCUGUCACAAUGGAGGUGUAUGCUUUGAGCGAUCCAACCAGUCUUAUUAUGGAUCACAACCUGACUUCCCCAGCGAUUUCAGCUACAGCCAAGCAGCUGGUUUCCUCUGUUGGUGCCAGCCAGGCUUUGCAGGGGAGACCUGCUUUACUAACAUCAAUGAGUGCGAGUCUCAGCCAUGUCAGAAUGGAGGUCACUGCGUGGACCUUGUUGAUGGCUUUCUUUGUCAUUGUUUACCAGGUUAUUCAGGUGUGGAAUGUGCUGUUAACAUCAAUGAGUGUGAGGAGGGUCCCUGCAAGAAUGGAGCUGUCUGUGAGGAUGGCAUUGCUGACUAUACCUGCCACUGUGCCCCUAGCCAGGAUGGCAUUGUAUGGGGAGGGAAGAACUGCUCUGUCAAGCUCACUGGGUGCCAGACACAUGACUGCCAAAAUGAGGCCUUGUGUAUCCCGACUUACCAAGCUGAGAGCCACGGCCACCUGUGCCAGUGCCAGCCUGGUUUCUAUGAUGCCACAUGCUCAACACCAACAACAUUUUCCUUUGCUUCCAGAGGGUAUCUCCUCAUUGAGCUGCCCGUGAACAAUCAGAGCAGGAGGGAGGUAGCAGGAGAGCAGCUUGCCAGUGUGUCCCUCCGGUUCCGAACCACCUUGCCCAGCGCCAUCCUUUUUUACCGAGGCCAUGAAGCUGAAUACUUAUUCCUGGAGCUCUUGGAUGGCAUUCUGCGUACAGAACUGAAGAGGCAGGAUGAGUACCUCCUGCUGCUGGAGGAGCUGAGAGUUGAUGAUGGCCAUUGGCAUAAAGUUGAAGUUGUUCUGCAGAACACUGUGCAGCUCAAACUCUGGCACGACUCCUGUGAUGCAGGUGUCUGCAUGCAGAGCUCUCCUAUCCCACACAAUGCUACUCCGAUCCCACAUGCCUUCCUGAGUGUGUAUAUUGGAGGUGCUCAGGAUCCACUGGCCAACAACACACAAAGCCAGCAGGGCUUUGUUGGCUGCCUGGAAGACUUGCAGGUGGAUGCUGAAGCUGUGCUCCCGGUGGCUCUCCCUGUGAGCGAGGUUUCCUCUGUGACACAGGGCUGUGACCGCACUGAGUGGUGCCUCUCUGAGCCCUGCUUUCAUGGCGGGCUGUGUGUGGACCUUUGGACAACGUUCAGGUGUGACUGUUUGAGGCCGUAUGGAGGCCCUGCUUGCUCAUAUGAACACCCAGCAGUAACAUUUGGCCUGGAGAAUUCUACUAGCUUUUCCUCUUUCAUCCUUUCUGAUAGCCUUGGUGCAGACUUCAACAUCUCCUUUUUCAUUCGUAGUCUGAAACCUAACGGUUUACUGUUGCAAAUCAGCAAUGAAACAGACCCCUGCCUCACUAUAUACUUGAAGAACGGCAAGCUAAAGAUUGAGAUGUUAUCUACAGAUACUGUGACAUUUCCAGAAAAUUUAGUUGAUGGGAGAAGACAUUUGGUAGCUCUGUCUUUCCAAGGAGGAAUUGUUGGCGUUCACCAACCAGACACAUAUGUGGAGCUGGGACAACUGGUGGGAAGGCCUCUUUUAGCUGGCUAUGACGUGUAUAUUGGUGGACGUCCUGACCCAGACAGCACUGACCUGUGGGGAGGGUAUUUUAAAGGCUGCUUGCAAGACAUCCAACUGAACGGCCAUCAAAUAGAGUUUUUUCAGGUUGAGAACUACAGUCUGCCAGAUGAACUUAAUAGGACUCAAAAUAUUAAUUUGGUAAAUGGAUGCAUCUCUGAUAACACCUGCAAGUCUGAACCAUGUCAGAAUGGUGGAAGGUGCAUUGUCACGUGGAAUGAUUUCCAUUGCAGCUGUCCAGCAAAUUUCACUGGGAAGUUUUGUGAAGAGAGAGUCUGGUGUGAAAGUGACCCAUGUCCUGAAGCUACCACCUGUAUAGAUGUUCCAGCAGGAUAUGUGUGUCUGGCUAACGCAACAUUUAAUAGUUCUGCUACCAUUGAAUUUACCACCAAUACAUCAGUGACUAGAACUCUGGGCAGCCUCCUCAUGGAUUUCAGAACCAGAGACGAAGACGCUGUUUUGCUUCGGGCUAUGGAAGAAGUGGACUCCCUCCAGAUAGCUAUUAAGAACUCCUCCUUGCUUGUUGACAUCAGGAGUGGGAAUAGUAUUGAAGGUGUCAGCUUCCUGAGUCAGAAUGCUGUCACCGAUGGCGCCUGGCAUACAAUCUCUCUGUCAAUGGAGGAGCCUUCUGCACUGUCUUCCAGAUGGGUGGCUCAUUUGGAUGGAUCUAUUAAUAUGACUCUGCAGGGAAAUGCUGGGAACCUGGACUUCUUAAAGAACAACGCACUGAUUGUUCUAGCUGAAAACUUCACAGGCUGCCUAGGACAAGUGAAGAUAGGAGGGAUCUAUCUGCCAUUCACCUCCCAUCUCUCAUAUCCUCAGCCAGAACAGUUCCAGCAGUCCAGCAGAAGAACUAUCCAGUUAGGCUGCACGGGGGCUGAUGUUUGUGCUUCUAGCCCUUGCAGCAAUGCUGGCACCUGCAGGGACUUGUUCAACUCCUUCAGCUGUGCCUGCAGUGCUGGCUGGGAGGGGCUGCUGUGCGAGUCCAAUACUGAUGACUGCCAGUCAAGCCCAUGUGUUCAUGGAAACUGCACCGAUAGACUAGCAGAUUUUCAGUGUGAAUGCUUCCGGGGAUAUAUUGGGAAGAAGUGUGACAUCAAUGUGGAUGACUGUGUGCGGCACCAGUGCCAAAAUGGAGCUACCUGCAUUGAUGGGGUUUAUGGCUACUCCUGCAAGUGCCCAGCACAGUAUUCAGGACCUCGCUGCGAAUGGCCGUUCCCACCUGAGCAGUGUGGUAAGAACUUCACCUGUCUGAAUGGUGGCAAGUGUACCACUGAGACCUGGGGAGCCAACUGCACUUGCAAGCCAGGCUUCACUGGAAGGAAUUGUCAAAUUAAUAUAAACAAAUGUGAUCCAAACCCCUGCCAGAAUGGAGGCACCUGUCAAGACUCUGAGAACAAAUUCAAGUGUUUGUGCAGUGCCAGCUACACUGGAGAGCGCUGUGACAUUAACAAAGGGACUCCAGGUGCUUUCUUCCCCUCCCCACUAAUUGAAGUAGCUGUCCCUGUAGCCUGUGGCUCUUUACUGCUGCUCAGUAUUGGUCUCAUAUUCAUGAUUCUCACUGCAAGGAAGAGGCGCCAAUCAGAGGGAACCUACAGCCCAAGUCAGCAAGAAGUGGCAGGAGCUCGGCUGGAGAUGGACAGUGUCCUAAAGGUGCCACCUGAAGAGCGGUUAAUAUAGACACUGCCCUGGCAAGGAGACACACCUGCAAGGUCUGCUUUGACCUUGAUCUUUUUCCAGCACUUGCAGCAGCAGAUCCACUCUUAUCACAGUUUCUUUAAGGCAUGGUAUUGAAGACCUGGACUUAAAAGUACAAGGCAGUCUGUAUAUGUGGUGGCGGUUCCAGCUGGUUUCAUUUUAUUGAGUCAGCUGCACACCACCGGCUCACAGUGAGCCUCUUUACUUCCUUCUUUCCUGCCCCAUGGGCUGUCCUAUAUUUUUAUCUCAGUAGAAGCUGUUGAAGUGCACCAGCUUUGAAGUUCCUCUGGCUUCAUUACACUUUUCACGUAGCAAUGGCAUAUUUAAAUCUGCUUUAAAAGGUAGGGUUAAAUUAGGCACUAACUUACAGAUAAAGAUCUGUAUGUACUUGUAAGAAGAACUGGAUAGAGAGUAUUUAUGACUGGUUUAUAUAUACAGUUGUAUUUUUGUCAACAACUUAAUGUACUCAAAGCUUUUUCAGCUCAGAUGUAUGAGGUUUUCAAAUCUGUUCUCAAAAAGCAAUUUUCAACAGCAGCAGCAGCAGCUGUGACCUCCUGCCCUGUGAUGGACACAGUGUGUCCAUUACAGGGAAUUGUCACAAAUUACUGAAAUCAUUGGUUUAUGAAGUAAUGUUAGACAUUCCCAUGGGUACCACACAACACAGGUACAGUUGGAGCUUUGCAGGUUUGUGAACCAGUGCUGGAGGUACCUGCAGUGUCAGCUGCCGAAUACUGAAGUUAGGCCUCGCACAGGGGAAGUGGUGAGCAGGAAAAGUCACCAGACUACUUCUGUAUUACGUGGACUUGUAGGGGACUGUGGUUCCCAGCCAGUGAAAGGGGGGAAGUUCCAGUCAAGCACUGCUGUUGUCACUCUGAUGGUAGAUUAGAGAGAGGUUACGGAGACUGGGAUGAGGGAUCUGAAAUGCAGCCUGUCCCCAUGGAAGCUCUCAGUAACACCCUCUUCUACCACAGCAGCCUCUGUGGGCACACCUUAGCAACUCCUCCGUUGUGGGAGCAGCUGGGGCUGCGGGGACUGCCCUUCUCCUUGCAGUUGGUGCAGCCACGGUGAUCGCCAUGAAGAGGAGGCGAGCAACUCAGGGAAGAUACAGUCCAAGCCGGCAAGAAAAGGAUGGUGCUCGAGUGGAAUUGUGGAAUGUAAUCAAGCUGCCACCAACAGAGAGGCUGAUAUAAGAGCUAGGGUCACAAGUCAUCCUUUAACAAUCAUGGAACUGCUGCAGUAUUUCUGUCUUAGGUCUUGAAAUGUGUUGCUUUUUUUUUUUUUUUGUAGGACAGGUCUGUUCUGCUUUAAGCUCCUUCACAGGACACAGGUAACUGCCUUCUGAUAACUUGGUAAUAUUCAACUGCUUGAAAGAGCUUGGUUAAGUUAUUACAGCUCAUUCCAUAAAAGCUUUGUAGAAAAUUGGUCUGUGAGCAAGGACAGUGAAGCCCAGGGAGGAAAAAAAAAACAUCUUGGAGGGGCUGCUGGAGGAGAAUUAAGUGGUAGCAGUGGCACAGCAGUGCUGUGGCACAGCAGAGAGAGGGUAUUUUUAGAACCACUAACAGAAUGCAGUACUGCAGGUCAGUAAGAGAGGUGGUAGGGCCAAGUGAUGCUGCCAGCCUUACUGACUGCCUCUGUCCCACAGUCAUCCAAAGGUUCAUACUGCAGUAACUGUCACUGCCUUGCAGUCAAUAUAAACUGCACCAUGCAGGUAAGUAAGGGUGAGGAACAACCCACAGUAUUAAGAACUUCUUUCAAAAAAACACGUGCCUGUGCUCCCUCUGUAAAUCUAAGGCCGGUGACUGACUGAUGGAAUAUAAUUCCCAGAGGUGCUGCUGUCCUUCUGUAAUGGGACCAGAGUUAAGUACCACUAUGCUCUAGUAGAUGCUAAAAUCUUCCUAAGAUUAGACUAAAACAUAGGAAUACGUUAAGUGCCUUUUUAAGACGAGUGACCGGUUACAGAAUUACCUUUUGUGAAAUCAGAAUGUUUAUACGCAUAAAACCUGAUCACUUCUGUGAUCACACUUGACAACAGCACUGAAGUGAGCCUGCUGGACUUUUUCCCUGUCUGUUCCUACCUGUAGUACCUGCCAUCCACAUAGAGCAGACUGUAUUGAGUCCAGAGCUGGCAUUGCAUAGCAUGACCACACAACAGUGGUUAGUAAGAGAUUCAAUAUUUAAACAUUAGAUGAUGCUUGUGGGAAGAGGGGCAAGGGAGUUGUUUCAAGACCUGUACCCUUGUGGACAGCCAGGUUUGGGCUCAUCGAUACAGAAGAGUGGAAUUUAAAUAAAUAAUAUAUUGAACUUUAAUAUGAAACUAUUUUUUGGGUUGUAGCAGAGCAUUCAUUUUCUACUUUUGCUAUAAAAAGGGAUAUUAAUUUUGAGGCUUUACUUCCUUUGUUACUGUUUUAGCUGACGAAUGCGCUAUUUUUUUCCUCUAGCAUAAUGUGGUAAGGCCUACAGAAAGAACUACAGCAGAGCAGGCCAAAUAAGGUCUCAAAUCAGCAGGCUUUCAGGAUAAUUACUACAAAUAUCAGUGAGAAAUAUUUAGAAAAUAGUGACUGCUUUUUUAUCUCCAAAAUACCAUUAAUAAGCAGCGUGUGAAUCUGCACACCAUACCUAAUUGCCACUGGAAGAGAAUGCUCUCCCAUUACACUCUUUUUGCUCGCAGAUUAUUAUUUUUUUUCAAACUGUAGUUGUUAAUUUCUUCUGUAAUUCUAAGCAAAGGGAAGGGACAAAACUACUGAUCAGGUCUGUCCAAUUAAGAACACGUCUUCUGCACGUGUGAAACUGUUGAUGUAAGGUGAAGAAUGAAAAUUUUGAAAAAAUAGAAAAGAAACAUUCGAAUGUGAGACUUAAUAUUUCAUAUGUAAGGUCACUUUUCUUCUAAUACUUAGGAAAAGUCGAAAGAGUGUGUGGUGAUCCCACCCUGGCUGUGGUUUGGGAAGGAGCUGGAGAGUCUGGGGGGCUUGUUGUCACUAUGAUUUAUUUAUUAGCAAUGCUGCUGUUACUUUUAACAUGUGUAUUUUCCAGAUGCUACUUAAAAGGGUCUAAUAUACUUCUAGAAUAGAGACAGUUACACUGUCCAGUCACCUUGCUACAGGGGAAAUAGCUAAGCUGCACACCUUAAGAAAACAGUGAGUGCAAUUUUCCCCAGCAGCAUUUGGGCAACAGGAGAUAAACAAAUGAAGCAGGCAGUGCUUUCCUGGGAGAGCAGGUCUGAAGGGGAAGAACUCACCGCAGAGCUGGUUACUGUGUCUCUAGGGAAACAAAAAUGCAGGCCUGGUCCGAGAUUUGCCUGUCUUAAGCUAAGGGUGGAUUUAUCUCCUGGGGAGAAAGGACUCACACCCCACAGUCAUAUCAGUGGGCUGAGGCAGAGAGCCCCCAUGUCCUGCCACAGUCCUCCUGCCUCAUCUUUAAUUGCAAAGGUAGGUGUGGUUUUUCUUCAUCCCAUAAAGCUACAGCAAGAUUAAAAUAUGCUUUUGGUUUCCCCCCAAACAGACCUGAUUAACCUCCUAGUCAGUGCCGGGAGAUGAGAAUUACUGCUACUUUUUAGGUCUGCUCUAUUCUUUUGUGUUAAAAUUGUAGAAAAACGAAAGCAGCAAAAAGAUAUGAAUGAAUAAAUUUUACUCUAACCUGUAUUAUUUGAGAAGAAAAACCAAAUUGUGUUGUAAGAACUGACUAUUACUAAGCUACUGAAAUAUCUUGAAAGGCUGUAAGUAGCUGCACAUCCCCCAACAGCAGACACCUAAAACUCAGCGAGCUGCAAGCAGUGAAUCUGUCUGCAUCUCCUGCUGUUCCUGGGGUAGUCAGCAGGAAGGCUGCUCAUUGCUUUACAGGAUUAGUAGAGCAGAUGUUUAUAUUUCAAGCACCCAAAGCCAGUACUAGGAAAAGUGUAAAAAUGCUUCAUCAGUGUCUCAAGCAUUUCUGCAAAAUAAUUUAUGAAAGCUUUUUUUUUUUCCAAUAAUGAACUUAACUUUUUUUUUAUAUUUAAUUUUUGAAUAUAUUUUUUCACAAAACUGGAUUUGCUGUAGUUCAUUGUUGUGGUCCUGAUUUCUUUUCUAAUUGUAAACUUUAUAAUUUGUAAAAAAAAAAAAAAAAAAGAAAAGAAAAAAGAAAAAGAAAAAAAUGAUUUAGAAUGUCCAUCAAAGUAAGUUUGCAAUAAAAAUAUGUAUAAAAACA